AUGAAUAUACAAUGCCCCUUACAUAACAAACUUAUUAUACAAAUUGAUAUCGAUGUUAAUACUCCACUUGGAGAAAGAGCUGUUUGUAUUGAAUGCCCAUCAAAUAGUCGCGAAAAUAUUCCAAGAGUCUUACAGAAAUUUAAAGAAAUUAAUUAAUAAGUAGUGGAGGAAAUCAGAUCUCAAAAAUAUAUUUAAAUAGAAUCAUCAAAAGAAAUAAAAAAAAGAGUUUCCAAUAUUUAAGAGCUAUUUAAUAUGAAAAUGAAUGAAAUACUGUAAAUAAUAGAAAACGAGAAUAAAAGCUAUUUAAUUAAGCUAAUAGAAAAAGAAAAUGAGCUCUAAGUCGAAGAAGAGAACUAAUUAACUUUAUCGAAAUUAUAAAAUAUUGCUUAAAUGGUGGUUUUGAGUUCUAAUAAUAUGCACAAAACUUCACAAUUUUAAAAAGAUAUUUAACAGACAAUCAAAUCAAUUGAGCUUAUAAAUUAGCAGUUGUCCAAAUAAGUAGAAUAGUUACAACUCGAUCUCAAGAUUCAACUUAAUUCAUUAAGCGAUUAUCUACUAACAUAUACGAAGAAUUGUGUAAUAGUUAAUACUAGUGUUAAUAAUGAAAGUUUGUUUAAGUCAUAGGAAAGGUGUAAAUUACAGAUAAUUCAUUAAUUAGAAUAAGCUUAUGACACUUGUGUUUUCAAUGAUAAGGUGUUGUAUCUCACAAAUAAGAAUGAAGAGGAAACAGAUAUUUAUAAAAUGGAAGUUUAAGGAGUAUUGAAAAAAUUACAAACUUUAAGGAAUGAUGUGAUUAGUUUAGGGAUGAAUCAACAGUAACUUUUUGUAAGAAGUGCAUCAAACAAUAUUUUGAUUUACCAAACAGAUAAAUCAUUUGUAUUAAAAUAAAUCAUCAAUGGAACAAAAAAAGAUGAAGGGUGGAGUCCAUGUAUGGUGUCAAUUGAAAAGAAAUAAUUUUUAAUAUGCGCAUAACCAACUCCCAAAAUAAUAAUCUACAUCAAAGAACAAGAAAAUGAGACUUGGUCAGAACAUUCUGUCUUAGAAGAUUUCUUUUGGCCUGUAUAGGAUUUGAGCUGUCAUCAAUUUACUAUGAAUAUUGUGAUCUGCACUCAUAAUAAAGACAUAUUUAUUUGGAAGNGA